AUGGCCUGCUUCACUGGGGUGGCACUGGCUCAUGGGGUUAGCCUUCAGGAAUUCCCAGCAAUUCAGCCAGAUGCAGACGACGAGGAGGAGGUGGAAGAGGAGAAACUAGAUGGGGUCUUUGAGGGGCAGCUGGCAACUGUGAUUCGUGGGGAUGUGGUGGAUCAGGCAAAGCUUGAUCAGGCAAAGGCCUUUUGCAACCUGAUCCACGCCCACGGCCCCUGCCUGUUCUGGGACAAGAACUGGGGGGCUGUGCCUGAGUUCAUAUUCAAGGAAAAUGCAGGGGCACUUGCAAUUGCUGCAAGUGUGCCAGAGCACCUCAGGGCCAGGGCCAAGGGUGUUUAG